AUGAAGUUGGAGACGAUUAUCCUUUGCAUACUUUCUGCGGCAGUUGGCCCAAUGGGCUUUGCCAGAGGCGCCUCUCUUGUAUAUGACGCUAACAUUGACAAACCGGAUGCUGAGCCCACUUGCUCCUUUGAUUAUGGGUUAGCCCUUGUGAAUGACACAGUCGCCAACAUUGGCCAUCUCUCCGAUGUUGCCAAUUCCACGUGCAGCGUGCCGGCAGCUACUUGUGCGCGUAUAUCUCACAAAGGGGCCUCGUCCAUUUUCUUCUGCAACUUUGAGAGCCAUCCCAUUGACACAAAGUGCGGAGAUCUUAUUGAACCCGCCGAGCAGAUCUCCGACGCUUGCCGCAUGGGAAACCGCUAUACUUAUGGCUAUGUCUCCAGGAGCAUAGUGGACGGGUCCCAAAGCUACCCGUAUCUCGUGGCUAUCGGUGACGACUACGCGUUCGAGCUCUAG